GGGAAAUUUAGUACCCACUUUCUCUUUCGUCUGGCUUAAAAGAAGCAAUUUCAGAAGAAAAAAUGUUGUUUGGAAAAUUAUGAGUUCAGGACAGGGAAGUUAAUUACUCUACAUCUGAAGCAGUGGGUGUGCUGAAGAGAACAUCAGACAGUGAAACUACUAGCUGCCCUAAGAAAGAAUAAAUUACCCAUAGGUAAGAAGAAUGAAGUGUGUUGGUCCUCCUGGAGGGGACCCUUGUGGGGCAGACUUAGACCCAGGCAACAAAUUUUGUCCAAAUUGUGGAACAUCUGUGAAGUUGUCAACCAUUGUUGAAUGUGAAAGCAGAACUGUGUGCACUAACAUCAUUGAUGGAAGAGAGUGUGGUGCCACUUUAUUGCCAACACACAACUUCUGUCCAAGCUGUGGAGACAAAAAGAAUCCUGGAAAUUUCAGAGUUGAACAAGUUCAAGGCGCUGAAAUAAAUCAGCUGACAGUUGAAGGAGCAAAUAUGCCAAAAAGAACAUCAGACAGUGAAACCCCAAGCCUUCCAAAGAAGAUUAAAGUUGACGAAGAGUUGUGUGUUGAUAUGAGCCAAGUGAAGUAUCCACCUUCCAUGCAAACCAAAGAUGAAAAAAUGGCCGAGGAACAACACCACCAGUUACGGCCUGGCUGCUCAGCAAAUGAUUCAUCACAGGUUUCAGGCAUAUCAAGUGGCUCAUCACAGGCCCCAGUCACAUCAAGUGAUUCAAGACAGGCCCCAGGCACACCAAGUGGUUCAUCACAGACCACAGACAAGUCAAGUGGUUCACCACAGACCACAGGCACACCUAGUGGUGCAUCACAGGCCCCAGGUACAUCAAGUGAUUCAUCACAGGCCACAGGCAUACCAAGUGGUUCAUCACAGGCCACAGGCACACCAAGUAGUUCAUCACAGGAGCCAGGUACAUCAAGUGGUUCAUCACAGGAGCCAGGCACAACAAGUGGUUCAUUACAGGCUACAGGCACACCAAGUGGUUCAUCAAAGGAACCAGGUACAUCAAGUAGUUCAUCACAGGCCACAGUCAUACCAAGUGGUUCAUCACAGGCCACAGGCACACCAAGUAGUUCAUCACAGGAGCCAGGUACAUCAAGUGGUUCAUCACAGGAGCCAGGCACAACAAGUGGUUCAUCACAGGCCACAGGCACACCAAGUGGUUCAUCACAGGAGCCAGGUACAUCAAGUGGUUUAUCACAGGCCAAAGGCACUGAUGGUGCUACAGAACAGAUUCCAAGUACUGGACAUUGUCCAAUUCAGACUUCAAGCACUGUGAGUGACCCAGCAAAGAAAUCAGACACGAAGCAAAGUUGUGGUGAAGAUGCACAUGAAGAUACCCCUGGUGAUGAAAAAAGAGUAACUUCUAACAUGAACACCUCCUCAAAUGCUGCCACUAAUGCUGGGAUUUUCAGCAUAUCACACAGUGCAACAAGUAGUACUGCUGACAAAGAAGGCAAGGUGUUUGGUGAGGGAAACAAAGGUGAUAUUUCAGCUGGAAAAGAUAAGAAAGCAAACAACACUACUGACCAGCCUCCAACAAGCUCUUUACCAGAGAAGAAUGAAGAUGUUGGGUCUCCAGUGGAUGGACCUCAAAGCCAAAAGAAACAUAUUGGAAGUGAUACCCGGGAGAUGAGCACAACAGCAAAAAUUGAUAAUCGGACCGGGAGUGGUGAGAUAAAAGUGAUAAACAAGAAGAAACAGGAAGCAGAGGAGUAUGUCCCAGGAAAGAAAGCCACCACUAAAAAGGGACAAAACAAGUCCACAAAUGUCAGCGCACAAAGAUCAGUGAACAGCAAUGAGGAAGUGAUCAAUGUUCAUUUCCAUGUGAUCAUGCCCCCAGACGUCUCUUUUGAUCAUCAGAAGGACACAUUUGUUAUGAAGUUUGGUCUUCAGGAACUUCGAGGUUUCCAGUCAAAAACAGAUGAUUGGGUGCUACAGAGAGAAAGGGAUUUGCCAGAUGACAUGACAAUGUACCAUGUUGAGGUGCCAAUUAAAAUAGUAAACCUACGUGGUAAUAAGUUUGUUGUUUACAAAUAUGUGAUACAUAGGAGAGAAAGUGAAAAGUUUCAGUGGGAAGAUAAUUUUGGUUAUGGAUUUGGAGAUGCCAAAGACCGAGUACUGGCUGUGCCGGAUAGAUCAUUAAUAGCUAAAGGCUCUUGGGACCAGUAUGAUGGCAUGGUGUUUUUUGGCAAAGACACCUUUACCUCGGAGAAGACGACCUUUUUAAAAUCAAUACGAUCUGGCUUGAAAUAUUUAUUUGGCAGAAAAAAUUUGUCAGAUACUCCACAUGGGCGAUUCCUUAUGACCUCAAAAACUGCAUUUUCUCACAUGAUGCCUUCGUGGGAGGGAUUUGUUGUGGAUGGAAGUGGAAGCAAAGGUUUUGCACACGAAGUAGUGGACAAUGCCUGUCAAGUCAUACAUUCCUUGAGGCACCGGUUUAUCAAACCAGACGGACACUCUGUUGACUACUCCCUUUUGCGACAGGCAUUUUGGGAGUAUGUUCAACCUCGUCUGGACAAGUGCAAGUAUGAAAAUACCAUCAAUGAAACUGUUGAGGAAGGAGAGCUGAGAGUGGCCUCAGUGGCAGCUAUAUUGUGUAUCAUGGACUACUUUAGCAUGCCAUUAGAUGAAACAGGAGACAGAGCUGAAAGUGUGGCCAGUAGUCUCUUUGAGGGAUUACUUCUACCAGGAAAAAAUGACAAAUGUGAAACUUUUCAGAAAUUGGUGGAGGUUCAUUUCCCACAAAAAGAACAUCAGAUGAAAAUUAUAAGGGCUUUAAGUGGACUUUUCCAACAGUGUGCUGGAGGACAGAAAAAUGACCAUAAAUGGCUCUUGGCUGUACCACUGUAUCACUUUUUGUGUGGACAUUCCAAGCCGUUUUCCAAUAUUAACAUAGCUGAGAAACACAAUGAUCCGAGUGGAAAGUGGUGGGGAAUUGAAGAUAUUAAAAGUGCUGUUGACCGCUUCAAGAAAAAAAUGGAGCCUGUUCAGCAAUUGAUAGACAGAUUGGCACCACUAUUUGAGAUGGACAAGCUGUUGCCAAGAACGUUAAUGAGCACUAUCAGCUUUAGGAAUUUGAAAGAAGUGAUAUGUUCAAAAACCAUUCCACCAGAAGUAUCCACAGCAGCAUUGUAUUUUUACAUACAUGAACUGAAAUACUUGAGCACAUGCAAGACUGAUUUCAGAGCACUCAUCUCUGCAUUGGAUGCAAUUAAGGAGGUUAUAGAAAGUAGGCUUACUGUACCCAGUCUAGGAAGUGACUGGCAGUAUGGAAAUAUCAAGGAAAUAUCAAUGGUAGCACUUGACCUUCUUGAACAAUGUACAGAUAGAAUGGAUAAAGACUUUUGGGGAUUUGUUUGUUCAGCUGUUGAUGUGUUUUCAACUGCUAGUAGAGUACAGCAUACUGCUCUUGUCAAGUCCUAUGGUGGUGCAGGGAAAGAAACAGAGUUUCAAGAAGAAAGUGAUGUCCUAGCUGCCAUGUUCAGUUCAACAUUGGAUCAUGUUUGGACAAGAUUAUUGUCACUGGAAUGGCCCAAAGACGAAACAGCAAAAGAAUGGCAGAAGAGGCUGAGGCAAGCACUGAAAGGAAGAAUUGAUUCUAUUUAUACAGUAAAAACGAAGAUAGAGUUGUUUUGCAGCACAAAUCCCAAAGAAUACCACCAUAUUGUUGAGGAAUGUUUAAGUCAGGCAGCCUUUGAAGCCAUUGAUGCUGUGGAAAGUAGUGGCACUCGGCAAAGGACAGCAAUUCUUAGUGACGAUUGUCAAAUCAGACUGACAGAGGUGUCAUCGCUUUUGCACAAAACUGUGAAAGAUGUGGAAAAUGGAACUGUUCAGAUCCGCAUGCUGGAAUUAGUGUUGAAAAACAGGGAUUCCUUCCUGGGACUGUGCAGAACUAUAGAAGAUGUUGAAAAAGAAGCCCUAAAAGAAGGCCAGCACCAGAAAUCAUCAGAAUCCGGCCAGAGUGAAAUGAAGCAAUCCAAAGUAGAUCAGUUAGACAUCAUUCUUCAGCAUCGUCUAAAGGAAAUGGAGGCUUUUGAGUCCAUCAAACAAUUCUUGGGAAUUUUUACAGGACUCUGCAAAAUAAUACAACCAGUGAACACUGAUGCGUUAGAUCGCAGACUCCGACAGGACAUAAGCUGCAGAGAUCUGAGUGAUAUCUGUGAGCCUUACAUUAUGCAUCCUGAUGUAACACAAAACUGGCAGCCAGCUAUCACUUUCUUUGAGCCGCCUUCUGAAGUCUUUGACAUGAUGAUGCCUUUGACAGAAAUCCACAGCAGUCACAUAUUUGUAUGCUUCUGGAAGGAGUUUGGAUCAAUUGCCCACAAAGAGAAACUAGAAGACACAGAUGGAGAAACAGAUGUACUGUCACUUCAAGAAGUUGCAACUGAAGUCUGGGGGAAAGCUUUCCAUUCAUGGGAGAACCUGGCCAAGUCUAUCAAACGGGGCACUGUCACUUUUGGUCAGAUGGAUGAAUAUUUAGCUUCUUUCAAGGAUAGGUACCCUGAGCUCAAAGUUGAGUUUGAUCUAAUGGGCAAUAUUUUGAAAGAUGCCAGCUGGAUACCUCAUCGACUAGACCAGGUCAAACAGUAUCACAAACUUCAUGAGUAUCGCUAUGGGGCACAAGUCAUGAUGGAUGCAAAGAAAGAGCUUGGACUGACUGGUGACUUCAGCCUCAUAGAAAUUCUUGUUGAUGCAGGUGCUGGAAAAGAAAACCAAUUGAGCUCUAUCAAUAGCAAAGUGGUGGAUGCAGGAAAGGUUUUGAUCCGUGUGGACAAGACAAAGUCUGACUGUAUUAAAGAUUUUGUUAAAUGUCGUCCACUUGUUAACUGGCUAAGAGAAAACAUCAAAGGAACCAAAGAACUGAAUGUAUUGGUGGAGCUUGCCAUGAUUCAAGCAGGAGAGACAGACAUGGAGGUUGACAGGGUGUCCAUUUUGCAUGAUGCAGCAAUAGGUUUUGCACCUCUCAUUUAUGAAGUCCAGGCAGAUUGUGACUUUCAUCAGUUUCUCCAUCAGUGUGAGUUGGUGUGGAAUGCCCUAGACAAUGAUAAGCAUUUGCCUGUGAAGUUGAGAGACACAAUGAGACACCUGGACUGGGUAAAGAUGAUCAAGGAUUCACAUGGAUCAGUAGAGGUCUCCUCACUGGCUCAGGCUGAGGCUAUCAACUCCAGAGGCAUUUAUCAAGUUGGAAACUUAAGACCUGAUCAGCCAAAGACCAUGGAGAACACUAUAAAAUUAGUUGUUCCACCUGACCCAAGAGCAUAUGGAAAACGAAGUGAAGAAGAUGUGGACUUUCAAGAUGACAGACCAGUAGAAUACACUUUUGAGAAGCUUAAUGACCUCCAAAGUAAAUUGAUGUUAGUAGCAGGAAAAGUUGGGAAAGUAGACCACAGCAAAGCUGAAGUGGACAAGUUUGUAGAGGUUUUUGAUGCCAUAGGCCGCCUUGCAAAGGCAUACUUGAAAAUCUGUGCUGCAGGAAGUGUCCUCUUUAAUGAUUGGACAUCAAAGUUUUUCUGCGACCUCACAAAACCAUGGAGCACCAUAAUUAGCUUUGGUUUAGCAGAACAAGAACUUCGAGGCAAACCUGACAGAUUACAAGAGGAAGGCCUAAGCACACAAAUUAGAGAGUUGUGUGAAUUCAUGGAGAAUUGCUAUGAAGACUGGCUUAAGUAUAUAGAAAAACAAAGGUGCAGUUACUAUGAGUUGAAUUUCUUCAGCACAGAGCAGCUUGUGAUCCUCAGACGAGAGAUUUCAAAACUGGGAUUAGAGGGAUCUAUUAAAGGUGAUGAAGACAGCUGUUCAGGAUCUCCAAGAAAUGGAGAAACGGAGAAACACAGAGGAGCAGAACGAUGCUGA